AAAUGGAUAAGUAUAUAGUAAUGUUUCUAGAAUUUUGAACAAAAUAUUGUAAUUAGAAAUCAAAUAAAUUGUUUUGUAACCUAUUAUCUCACAAGUUCAAAUAAUUCAGUCAAUUAAUUUUUCAAUCCUUUUGUAAAUAUGUUUAAUGUUUUUAUAAAGAGGUACUAAUUGUUUUGAUAAGUAUAAUUAUAGUAAGUCUACCUAGUACUUUAAUGCAAUGCAAAUAGCAAUGGAUUCAUCAGAAAGUUCUUCAGAAGAUGAAUGUAAUAUUUAUGUAAAUGCAGCUUCUAAGCUUAAUGCUUUAAAUUAUCAAGCUAAACCAAAAUAUAAUGAUGAAUGUGAUGAUAUGAUUAUUGAUGAUUCACAAAAUGCAAGAAUUGUAAAACAAUGUACAAAAAAUAUUAUCUGUACAGACAAAUGGCCAAAUGAUAAUUGUUAUAUAGUAGAAGACUCAAACCAAACCCAAUUUAAGAACAAAAAUUUAAGUAAAAGUUCAGUCAUAUGUAUAGAUGAUGAUAUUUCCUGUAGUGAUUAUGGUAUUAGUACAAGAACAAUUAGUCGUAGAUCUAAGAAACAAAAAAAUACUAUUCCUACAAAGGAAGAGUCUACAGUUAUUUUAAAUGAUAGUAUAGAAGAAGAACUUGAUAAAACUUUUAAUUUACAAGAAGAAAACGAUAGCUAUAUAGUUAUAGGAUCACCUGCUUCUACCACAAAUUAUGACAGUGACAAUUAUGAAGUUAGUGUUAAAGUUUUAUGGAGAUCAAAUAAAUUGAAUCGGUUUGAAAUUCAAAGAUAUGAAACAUUUCAAAAAAUAUUUCAACAUUUUGCCAAAAUAGAAGGAGUUCCUGAAAAUCAAAUACUCAUUAUGAAAAAUGAUAAAAAAAUAACUCCUUUUGAUUCUCCUGUGUCAAUCGAUUGGUCAGUUAUAGAUAUUUUAGACGGAGGUAUUGUAAGUGCUGAAGUUGCAAAAAAAAAUUAUGAAAAUUCUAUUAAAAAUAAUACACACGAAAAUACUUGUAAAAUUAAGGUUCAAAUAUCAGACAAAAAAUCUUUACUGAUAACAUUGAAAACUGAUCAAUCAUUUACAGCUUUAAUAAAUAAUUGUUCUGAACAAUUAAGUAUCCCUGAAUCAAAGCUGAAGUUAUAUUUUGAUGGAGAAUUGAUUAAUAUUUUUGAAACUCCUAUGUCAUUAGAUCUUGAUGAAGAAGCUUGCAUGGAUUUAAAAAUAUCUGAAUAGUAAUUUUAUCCAUUUAAUGAUUUAUUUUUAAAUCAAAGUGU